GCUGGAGUGACAGCUCUCCAGUGAGGCUUUGGGUGUUAAUAGAAACAGAAAUCUUUCUGCAGUUAUUUUGCGAUUAGGAGCAAUAAUAUUAUUGUUAUUGUUAUAAUAUUGUUCUUUUGGUUUCAUAGCUGUGACAUUUUUACUGUUUACAUGCAGAUGUGUAUGUGCACCUUCCUCAGCUGCGUGUGGAGUUGUGGAAGCAAGAGUAGAAGUGAUAAGUAAGAACAGUGUGUGUGUCAUUUUGGUCCUCCCAGGAGUUAACCGCGUCUGAGCGGUUUGUCACAGAAGGAUUUCUGGAACUUCAGAGGCACGGUGCUGGGCUGGGAGCCUCUCGGUGCUGCGGUUUGUGUGUGGCCAGGCACAGCAGGAAGGUUGGAUUUGGCAGCUCUGUAGGCUCGCGGCCCUUUUCGCCCUUGUUGCUGCAGGAGCAGCAUGUGUCUGAGCAGCCUUAGCGCUCGGGUGUGCUUUGUUGCAUUUGUUACGUUGAAAAGGCGCGUUGCCACACUUGUGAAGUUGCAAGAACUAGCGGUUUUGUUGCAGAACGUUCUGGUUUUGCGGUUUCGGCUGCCAGCAGGAUGCGGGGCGGCGCUCGGCGUGUCUGAGGGGAGGAGGGGCCGCAGCCGCCUCGGCGGGCAGGGCUCAAGCGGAUGUGCCUGGCCGCGACCCCCGCCCGGCAGAAACACCUCGGGGGAAGGGGCCGGGCUGCAGCGCGGGCGCCCCGGGCCGCUGCCGACGUGCGGGCGCGGUGUCCUGGGCCGGGCUGGGCGCCACGAUAACGCGCGGGCGGGGCGGGGCGGGGCCCGGGCUGCUCCCCCGGCAGGUCCGGACCCCGCUCGGGUCGCGGCACUUGGAGCGGGGUUUGCGGCGCGACUGGCGGCGGUUGGACGGGAUCUCUGUAAGAGCCCUCCGGAGCCCGUGCUGCCGCAGGGUAGAAAAUGGAGACCGCGUUGUAAGCGGGGCACCGCGGAGCUGCUUCCUUCGCUCGGAAUGAACACUUCAAGAAUGAGUCCACCACAAGACAGAAGCAGAAAUUCUUGCAGCAGUGAGCCUCUGGCAAAGUGCCUUCAGGCAAAGAAGGACUUGCAAACAGCUAUAUCUGGAAUCGUCAAAGCCGAACAACAGAUCAAAGAGAACUGGCGGGAGGUGAAAGCGAAGAUUCACAGCCACAUUAGCCGUCACCUGGAAUGCCUGCGCAGUCGUGAGGUUUGGCUCUUUGAGCAGGUAGAUCUCAUCCAGCAGCUUAAAGAGGAGGCGUUGCAGCAGCAGGCACAGCAGCUGUACUGGUAUCUGGGACAAUUCAACUGCCUUAUCCAUCAGCUGGAGCGCUCCUAUAGUAACGAACUAGCAAACCAGAUUUCAGUUUGCCUGGAGAGACUGGAGAGUCUUACUCUUAAACCAGAGGAGUCUUCCAUCCUGAAUUUUGAGGCUGACCCAUCUUACCUUCGCCAGGCUAUUACCUCAUUUGGUUCAAUUAAAACAAUGCAAACCUCGGAGAGAGAGAAUACUUCUCCCUGGUUCCCAGGGCAGAACUGUGCUCUAAUGAACUGUGAGCAGCAGAAGACACUGUGUGGGACAGUGAGUGCCUCGCUUGCCGACUGGUUACUUGGGAGCAGACCUCUGGGUGCUUGCCAGGCUCCUUAUGUUCCCAGCACCAAUCUUGCAGAAUGGGUUACGCAAAACUAUGUGUCAGAGCCCAGCCAGGAUUUAAAUUCUUCCAAAGUUUGUUAUUUUGAGCAAGCCUGGGGAAAUCUGAAGGAUUUGGAAAACUGGCUCCUGCAGAAUCAACAGCGGGAUGUUGCUGGGAAGACAGACUCCCUUGGCCACAAGGACUCCACCUCUACUUUCAGCUCAUCCUUUUCCACUGUUGAAAAGGUGGAGGCAUUAGAAUCCCUUGGACAAGAAGAGAUGGACCUUUCUGACUGGCUGCUUACACCUGACACAGCAAAUGGAAGCACUGCUUCAGAUGAGAAAUGGAAGUAUGAAUUCAAACCUUUUAGGGAAGAAUUUAAUCUGAAUGAUUGGCUCCUCAAAGCUGAAACAUGUACCAGUUGUUGUGGCAGCCAGAUCAAAAGUGUGGAAAUUGAGAACCUGGGAAAUUUGAAGUGCCUGAAUGAGCAUCUUGAUGGAAAGAAAUCACCCACUACAUCUGCUGUGAAUGCUUGGCUUCUUCAGCAUCCCCAGGCCCCAUUUAAAGUGGAAGAUGUGUGCAAAGCUAAUGAGCUGUGUGCCAGUUUUUCAGAAUGCAUGUGUGAUGAAAACUGUGGAAAAGUGGCUCUGUGUAAAUGGCUUCUGAAGAAGGAAGGGAAGGAUAAAAACGGCAUUCCCGUCAGCCAGAAAGAUGUACCAAACCCUGAGCAUGAGAAGGCCAAGUCAGCUACCAACAGCUGGCUUAACCCCACACAGCAGCUCACAGGGGAACCUGUUAGUGCAGAGAAAGCGGAUUAUUCGGCAGAGAUCGCAGAACCCUUGAAAGUUUUGCUCGAAAGGCCUCUGACAAGCUGGCUAGCCAAGGCUGAGCACAAAGCAGAAGGGGCAGAAGAAAAGGCGAGUAGGGAAAAAGCAGAUAAUAGUUUCAAGAGUCCUUUCCUAGACCUCUUGGCCCCAUUCCACCUCCCCUUGAACGUAAAUAGUUGGGUCUUGACUUCAAACAACCAAGAAAAUGCUAACCCACCUCCAGCAGAAGAUAAAUGGCUUCUACGCAAGAAAGCACAAGACUUUGGCCUUCCUACAGUUUGUGACCUUUUUGCCUGUAUGAAACUCGGUGGAGAUAAAGAAAAAUGGCUGUAUCAGACUCCUUUACAGAUGUGAAGAACUGGAAGCAUCAAAAUCGUCCCCUUCCCGCUGAUUGAUCGCAUAUCACGCUGAGUGACUGCAGCCAGCUGAGUUCUUGUGUUUUGUGUUUGGCCAUCUGCUUUUUCUUCUAAAAUUAUAACAAAAAGAAAGAUUACUCAUAUAACCGAGUUACAGUGCAGAAGAUGCCUUUUUGUCAUGAUUAAUUCCGAAAUGUAAAUCCACUGAGCAUAAACAAUCCGAUACUAUAGAGGUGUUAGUAAAUUCCUAUCUGUUCUGGGACUGCGUGAAUCUUUUUAAUGGGUUGUCACUUGAAGCCAGUGCAAGUAUAAAGCAAAAUCUCCCUGGUGCUGUGAAACGUUCACCCUUGGCAGGGACUUUAGAAGUGUUGCUUUCAGCUGCUACAACUUUGUGGUGAGCUGGGUUCCAGCUUACUGGGAUUGCAGGAUGACUUAGGCUGUAUUUGGAAGCAAUUUCUUUUAUUGAGCAAUUGCAAACUUUAAAGUUUCCAUUUGCAUCUUGUAGACGUGCAUCUCCUGGCUGAGUGCGUGUAGUCCAGAUUUUGAGAAAGGCAAGAAUUUAUGGGACCUGACAUGUGGCAGGAGAAUCGGUAACUUAGUUGUGAAUGAAAACUUCUCUUGCAGAUCUUUGAGCCUCUCAGAGAAGAGAGUAGGGUGUUAACCUUCAUGCAUCACUAGAUCAGAUCCUACUGUGUCCCCAGCACUUUAUAACUAUUUGAAUUUCACUGAAAAAGCUGUAAUAUGAAAUGUGUAUGUUUCUGCUGGUUCUAGAUAAUUCAUAAUGAACUUUUAUUGACUAAACCACUGGAAAGCAGGCAUCUUAGCCACAUAAUGUUUAAAGGUAAUAUUUGGGGAAUUAGAUGCCUUCUUGUCAGAUUGAUAUGAUGCUAUUUAAUUGGGAAACACUAACUUGGUAAACUGCGUGGUUCCCACUGGUGCAUUUUAAGGAUAUUUAAUCUGUGGGAUUCCAUAUUGUUAUGCAUAUGAAAGUGGGGUUGGGUAAUUCCGAUUCCUGUAGCUGUGGACAUAAUACGAGCAAUACCUCUUCAGCUAUUUAGCAUUUUGAGCCCAUACGAAAGAGCGUGGAGAUGUCAGCUGGAAAUGUGGAUCACGCCUGUCAGCUUGCAUGAAAAACUGUGAAGUUACAUAGUUUAUGGUGCAACUUUUACUCACUUACAGAUGGCUCUUAAUGACUAUAAAAACAGCCUCCCCUUCUCCCAGCCCGGCACCCUGCCUGGGAAUAAACAUGAUUGUUGUUCUUCACAACCCUGUAGAAAUUAUUAGCAAGAUCCAACGUUGGUACCACAUUGCAGUGUGAACAUGUUCCUGCCUGAUAGAACCCGUGCAUUUGUUUAAAGAUCAGGUUAGUCUGAGAGGGGGACACUGCGCAUGUGAAACGAGGCCCCGAGAGGGCUCACAUCUGCAGACCACCUGAGGCACUCGGGCUUCCGUAGUCGGGGCUUUCUGUUGAAAGCAGAAACGUUUCUGAAGUUCUCUUUGCCCUUUGAACGUGUCCUUGCUGCUGCAUGGGAAAACUGCACUGUGGCAAACGCCAGUAACAGCCUAAUUUGAUUAGCAGUUGAACUUAAUAAAUGUGAUUGACAUGCAGCCCACCUUAUAAUUCCUUGUGGUCGUCAUUGUGUGCUACUUCGUCAGUUCAUUACAAGCCUUUAAAACUUGGGGGUAUGUAUUCCUUUACUUACUCAACUGACUUGUUAUCACUAAUUGAUAUUUAUGUAAAACAUUGAUUAGUCUUUUCCAUUAAAAAAUGAUUACAA